AUGACAUCACCUACGCAGAAAAAUUUUGAAGCGACUUCCAGACUGCAGAUUAAAGAACAAACUAUUGAUGAGAUGUAUGGAAUACCAGAGAACUUUCUGGAAAUUGAAGUGCGGAAUCCCCAAACUCAAGGCUUUGGUCGCAAAAUGUAUACUGACUAUGAGAUCGUUUGCCGGACGAAUAUCCCUGCAUUUAAGUUUAAAUAUUCUUCCGUUAGAAGGCGAUAUAGUGAUUUUGAAUGGUUUCGUGAUGUUCUUGAGCGGGAAUCUUCAAGAGUAAAUAUUCCUCCUUUGCCAGGCAAGGUUUUUACCAAUCGAUUUUCCGAUGAGGUCAUUGAAGCCCGUAGAGAGGGACUUGAAAGAUUUCUCCAAAUCGUCGCUGGUCAUCCUCUUUUGCAAACUGGAAGCAAAGUACUAUCUGCUUUUAUUCAAGAUCCUAACUUUAGCCGUGAAGUUUACAAUUACUAG